CCGAUUUCUGGCAUACCUCCAACGAGCUUUCUUGACUUCAUUUCUGUAUCCAGCCCCAAGCUUUUGUCUUUGGCCUCACUACUCGACCGAUAAUUUCCAGGAUAUACUCUGAGCCGACAAUGUCAAAACAAUUGAGAUUCAAUGUCUUUGCCCUACAAGGAUCCAAUGAUGAGGACCCGGAACAUGAUCCAGUCAUCCAAUUCCUCGACAGAGAGGGUGCUACGAUGAGUGUUUGGUUUCGCCACAGUGCUGAUACAGCGCCCAUAAUUGAGCUCACGAUGGUUAUACCCAACGUCUCUGGCACGACCAAACGUCUGCCACACGUCGUUCACAUCGGUGUUAACAAGUGUGAUAUCCUUUCAUCUCCUAUCAAUACGAAAAGUCAUGGGUCAAGCUAUGUACAAAUCUCCAACGCCAGGAGUGAUGUCAACUUAAACAGAGACAUUCGUGUCCGUGAGUUCCGCGACGAGUCUUUGAUGGCACUGGCUGCAACAAUCCAGCUCAGUCACUGUGUGCUGGUCAAAUGGAACAGGACUGAGGAAAAACUUACUUCCAGUAAAGGCCUGCAACUCAUAGAGGAUAUACAAGAGAUACUGAGCUGCGGAAAAGUCCGUAUCUGCUUGACAGUCGAUUUUGACAACCUCGAGUCUGACGUCCGAGAAGGAGUAAGUGAAGAUUUCAACAACGCAAUGAAGCAACAGCAAACAGAGCAACUUGCCCUGCCAAAUGAAUGGAUCCAUGAUGGUGCGUCUUCAAGAAUCUGGCCUUCCGACAAGGCUCCUUGGCACGAAUUCCGGGAGGUCCCAGAGCACCAGGACUCAGAACACCAAGAUGAUAAUGAGGAGGGCAACUUUACCGACCUUGAGUUGACCAAAUCUACGUCAUUGGGGGACAUUGAUAAGUCUCAUGUUCGCCAGAGAUUUGCAUUCCUUGAAGCUUCCAGAAAUUCUCCCCAUCUGGUUUCUCUGCAGGGUACGACCCAAUCCAGGAAGAGGGUACGUUCUCCGAGCUCUGAGAUUGAGAUCAGCUCCAAGAAGGCUCAGGUUACACCCGAUAAGACAUCAAAGCGCCAUUCGUCUACCUCCUCCGAAUUCCAGCUUCUCCCCCUAGGGGCGCCCUGCAAUUCAUGCGAGGAGGUCGAAAUCGCCCACAAAUUCGGAGUAAGCGGGAACCCUGCUAACGCCAACCCCGGAUGCCAAAUCUGCAUCGCGCGGUGGUCAUACCUGAAGAAUCCGAAAUAUAGAAACGUCCCUGUUGCACCACGCCUACAGACAGCCACCCCUGCUGUCCCAGUCACGACUUUCAACACGAAGAGCGCUGUGAAGCGAGUCGCGUUCGCCGAACGUGAGGAUGACCUUUCCGAAACACAGGCUGCCAUACCCCAAAAGGCAGCGAAGCAGACAGGCGCAGGACCAAAAUCUGCCCGUAUGAGGGCAGUCGAGAAGAUUCGUAAGCUGCCGAGCUUCACACGUAGGACUGCCACUGCUCGACGACACGUCAUUGAUUCCGAUUCGGAUGAUGACAACGACGAUGAUGACAAUGCACCAGAUUACAUGUCAAGCCGCUCGACACCAGCCUACAGGACAAGUGCCACUCCCUUCGAUCUACACACAGCUCUACGCAGGAGUAGGCUACAGACGCCCCAGAUACGCGGUUCUGAGCCCUCCAGGGCGCUGAGCGCCAGUGCUAGACUCGAGCAAGACAAGCAUGACCUCAGGGACAGGCUUGAAGGACUGAUGCGAAAGCUGAAGUCGAGCUACCCACGCUGGGAGCGGGACAUGCCUAUCUCAGACAAGGUCGCACAACUGAGCGAGCUUGCACAGCAGGGCGACGUUGGUACGUUUGGAGAGGUUGAGGACGAGGCAUAUGACAUUGUGAAGAAGUUCACCUUCCGCCGUUAG